AUGUUGAUAGAGUUCUUCACAAUGAAUAGAACAAAUAGUAAAGCCAAAGUUGAGCAACUUUUGUAUAGAGAAUUUACCAAGAAAUUCGUGUGGGUUCCAACUGAUAGAAUGUGGUAUGAAAGAAAACAAAAAACCGUUAUAGGAAGAAUUAUAAAUCUAACUGAAGGUGCACGCUAUUAUUUACGGUUAUUGUUGAACCAUGUAAGAGCUCCAACAUCAUUCCAAAACUUGAAAAUAGUUAACAGAAUAGUAUGUGAAUCCUUUAGACAAGUUGCUCUUCAACGUAGUCUACUUGAAGAUGAUGACAGUCAGGAAAAGUGCCUAGAUGAAGCAACAAACUUUCGGAUGCCUUCUUCGCUAAGACAGCUUUUUGCUACUAUUCUUGUCUAUUGCAAUCCCAAUGAUCCAAAGGCACUAUUCUCAAAAUUUGAGAAAUCUAUGGCAGAGGACUCCCUUCAAAAAGUAGAUAUGUCGAUAGAACAAGCGCGGUACCAAGUGUUGCAACAUAUCAAUUCUACUCUUGAAUCCAUGGGGAAAAACAUCCAACAAUUUCAUUUGUCUGAUUUAGUUGUUCCAAUAAAUGAAAGAGACAUUACUUGCAAAGAAUUGAGGAAGAAAAAAGUCUUGUAG